AUGACCGGCUCGUUGAACACCUUCACGGCUUCACGAGGAAGACUGAUAGUUUUAAAGCCACCAAGGGGCGCCUAUCUUGAGCUGACACGCCAGCGUGGAGCAGCACGAGAAGCAGGCAACCUGGAACUCACGUCCAAGCUCGCAAGGCUUUGCGGAGAAUCGGUAGAAGAAUACCUCAAAGAGGGAAGAGCAGAAGUGAUGACUGAAGCUGCAGAGGCGGACAAAAGCAUCCGCUAUGCUCGUCGAGACUUCGCCAGUCGCAAGACGAGGAUGAUUGCUCUCCGGAACCUGAAAGGAACAACCAUUGCAUCGAGAAGGGGAAUGGAGAAAAUCAUCUACGACUUCUGCUCUAAUCUCUUCGACAGCCAUGUCCACUUGCCUCCUCACCAUCUGAGGGAAGACGGACAUGUCAUUCCAGAGGUUCUCCCGUCCGAAAUACGACAUGCUAUCAUGUCGGUAAAAAAUCGUACGGCACCUCGUCUCGAAAGAAUAAGACCUGAACACCUGAAGAACCUUCCGCCAGUACUCAUCAAUACCCUGACGAGGCUCUUCACACGUUACCUGUCGGAAUGCAAGGUUUCUAAACAGUGGAAGACCAGCAAGACCGUGUUGAUGUAUAAAAAGGGAGAUCCACAUGACAUCGGCAAUUAUCACCCAAUCUGCUUACUGUCCGUCAUCUACGAGCUCUUUACAAGCGUGAUCUUCAAUGGGAUUGAAAAAUCUUGGAUGAAGGACAGCCAUGCAAGCAAGCAGGAGUACAAGAUGCCGCUCUAUCUCACCUUCAUCGACUUAAAGAAGGUCUUCGACUCACUUGAGACGGAAGCGGUCGUGGAAGCCUUGGACAACCAACGCGUCCUUACUCAGUACAUAAAGGUAUUUCGAGAGUUGUACAGUAACUUCGUAACCGGAAUUUCGCCAUUAUACAAGAAUAUCAUCAUUGACGUGAAGAGGGGGGUCCGAAAGGGUGAUACAAUUUCACCCAAAAUAUUCACAGCCACCCUCGAGAACGCAAUCCGAAUGCUGGAAUGGGACUACAUGGGAGUGAAGGUUGAUGGUCGGCAGCUACACCAUUUGCGCUUUACUGAUGACAUCGUACUGAUAACAACUAGCAUCAGGCAAGCGGAACGAAUGCUGACCGAAUUUGACGAAACAUGUGGAUGCAUCGGUCUUCAGCUGAAUAUGCAAAAGACGAUGUUCAUGCGCAACGAAUGGGUUUCGGAUGCUCCAUUCACGCUCAACGGAACGAACAUGUCCGAAUGCAGCUACGUUUAUUUGGGUCGGAAAUUGAGUACGAUGAACGACCUGACCCCCGAGAUGGGCAAGAGGAGACAAGCGGCUUGGGGAGCGUAUAAGAGCAUCGAGGAUGUAGUGAAGAAUACCAAGAACACCCGACUCCGUGCUCACCUCUUCAACACCACCGUACUUUCUGCUUUGACCUAUGCUUCGGAAAACUGGGCAUUUCGCAAGCAGGAAGAAAACGCGGUGAGCGUCAUUGAACGCGCAAUUGAGAGAGAAAUGCUAGGAGUAUCCCGUUUCACGCAAGUGAGGGAUUCGAAGUUCUCUCUUACGUCAGCGACCGAAGAUUAG